AUGAUAGUACUUUUGUUUCAUCAAACUACAAGUCUAUCAUUUAAUCGACCAAAGUUUUGUCCAUUAGCAACAUGGAAUUCAACUGCCCAAACUUUUGCAGAUUCGAGUACAGUUGGUAAAGAUCCUAGUAGUGUUUUUGUUGACACCGACAACACUGUUUACGUUGGAGAACCACAGCACGAUUGUGUUCAGGUAUGGCCUCAAGGAAAUAGCAAUUCAACAAGAACUAUUUCAAAUGGUUUAAAAGAUCCACAAGCUAUUUUUGUUACUAGCAAUGGUGAUAUUUAUAUUGAUAAUGGCAGCAAUAAUCAUCGAGUAGAUAAAUGGACAUUGAAUGCAACUACAAGUACAACCGCAUUGACUGUUACCGACACAUGUUACGGUCUUUUUGUCGAUAAAAACAAUUUUCUGUUUUGUUCCAAUGGGCCUGCUCUUCAUCAAGUUAUAAAAAAAUCAUUGAAUUAUAAUGCCACGAACUCAACCCUCGUUGCUGGAAUUGGUACUCCUGGAACAACGGCGUAUGCGCUUGAUCAGCCUCGUGGAAUAUUUGUUGAUGAUAACAUUAAUUUGUAUGUAGCAGACCGUCAAAAUAAUAGAAUUCAAUUAUUUAAAAAUGGUCAAAAAAAUGCAACAACAGUAGCUGGAACUGGAGCUUUAGCACCUGGAAACAUCACUCUCAAUCAUCCAACGGGAGUUUUGCUCGAUGGUGAUGGAUAUCUAUUUAUUGUAGAUUCCGACAAUGCUCGUAUUAUUGCUUCUGGACCACUAGGUUUUCGAUGUAUAAUUGCAUGUAGUAAUUCAGGUGGCCCAUUAUCAACACAAUUGCAUCAUCCGUAUAGUAUGAGUUUUGAUCGCUAUGGAAAUAUAUUUAUUGCUGAUCAAGAUAACAGACGAAUUCAAAAAUUUCUUUUGUCAAAUAAUUCAUGCUAUGAAGCAACUACACAUCAGACCCAAUUAACUACAGAUUCAAUCAAUAUAACAACGAAUAAUGUAACAACAACUUCUUUAAAACCUACAACAUCAAAUAUGGUCAUUUCAAAUCAAAGUUGUUUUCCACCUGGAAUUAUAUUAAUUCCUAGUACAUCAUCGUUAACCUCUCCAAUGCAAUUUCAACGAUAA